UCUUCUUCUUUGCGGAGCGGCGAGAGAGAGAGAGAGGUGGGGAGAGGGAGAGGGAGACCAUGGCGGCGGUGGCGAGCUCAGUGGUGCACGAGGUGCUGGGGCGGCGCGCCGACGAUGUGGACGAGCCCAUCAUCGACUACAUCAUCAACGUCCUCGCCGACGACGACUUCGAGUUCGGCGUCGAUGGCGAUGGCGUGUUCGAGGCCGUGGGCGAGCUCCUCGUUGACUCCGGAUGCGUCCACGACUUCCCCGAGUGUCGUGCGAUUUGCAGCAAGCUUUCAGAAAAGUUUGGAAAACAUGGCUUGGUGAAGCCUAAACAAGCUGUCCGUAGUCUUGCUACACCUUUAAGAAUGUUUGACGGGAUGGAUGAAGAGGAAACUCCAAAAAAGCAGGUGGAGGUACUUGAUGGUCCGGUACUUUCUGAACGCGACCGAGCAAAGAUUGAAAGAAGAAAGAGGAAAGAUGAGCGGCAAAGAGAGGCCCAAUAUCAAAUGCAUUUGGCAGAGAUGGAGGCAGUCAAAGCAGGGAUGCCUGUUGUGUGCGUAAAUCAUGGUGGAAAUGAGGAUGGGCCAACUAUCAGGGAUAUCCAUAUGGAGAACUUCACCGUGACUGUCGGUGGCCGUGACCUCAUUAAAGAUGCUUCAGUGACUCUUUCAUUUGGAAGGCACUACGGUCUUGUUGGGAGAAAUGGAACUGGUAAAACUUCCUUCCUUAGGCAUAUGGCCAUGCAUGCCAUUGAUGGAAUUCCUAAGAACUGCCAAAUAUUACAUGUGGAGCAAGAAGUUGUUGGAGACGACACAUCGGCUCUUCAGUGUGUCUUGAACUCUGAUGUUGAAAGGGCUCAACUUCUGGAAGAAGAAGCUAACCUACUUGCUCAACAGAGAGAUCUAGAAUAUGAAGCAGAAUCAGGAAAUAGUACAGAACAUGUAAAAGGCGGUGUGAACAAAGAUGCUAUUGGCAAAAGGCUUGAGCAGAUAUAUAAGAGACUCGAGUUCAUUGAUGCAUACUCUGCAGAGGCCCGUGCAGCUUCAAUUCUGGCGGGUCUCAGUUUCACCCAAGAAAUGCAGCGGAAGCCCACAAAAGCAUUCUCUGGUGGAUGGCGUAUGCGGAUAGCUCUAGCGCGUGCUCUAUUUAUUGAGCCUGAUAUGUUGCUGCUUGAUGAACCAACGAACCAUUUGGAUCUUCAUGCUGUAUUAUGGCUUGAAGCAUACCUCGUGAAAUGGCCGAAGACAUUUAUUGUGGUUUCUCAUGCCAGAGAGUUUCUAAACACAGUAGUUACUGACAUUCUCCAUUUACAUGGACAAAAGUUGACUGCUUAUAAAGGUGACUAUGACACAUUCGAGAGGACAAGAGAGGAGCAGCUCAAAAAUCAACAGAAGGCCUUUGAGGCAAAUGAAAAGGCCAGAGCCCACAUGCAGACUUUUAUUGAUAAGUUCCGUUACAAUGCAAAGCGAGCAUCUCUUGUUCAAUCAAGAAUUAAGGCAUUGGAUCGAAUGGGUCGUGUGGAUGAAGUCGUCAACGAUCCAGACUACAAGUUUGAGUUCCCUACACCAGAUGAUAGGCCCGGACCUCCAAUUAUUAGUUUCAGCGAUGCGUCAUUUGGUUACCCAGGCGGCCCUAUACUGUUCAAAAAUUUGAAUUUUGGUAUAGAUCUCGACAGCAGAAUAGCAAUGGUGGGUCCAAAUGGCAUUGGCAAGUCAACCAUACUGAAAUUGAUAUCUGGAGAACUUCAGCCAACUUCUGGAACAGUGUAUCGUUCUGCAAAGGUUCGUAUGGCUGUAUUCAGUCAGCACCAUGUUGAUGGGCUUGAUUUGUCUUCAAAUGCCCUUCUGUAUAUGAUGAAAUGCUACCCAGGUGUACCUGAGCUGAAACUAAGGGCUCAUUUGGGUUCACUUGGUGUCACCGGAAGUCUUGCCCUGCAACCGAUGUACACUUUAUCAGGUGGACAGAAAAGCAGGGUUGCAUUUGCAAAGAUUACCUUUAAAAAGCCGCACAUUAUUCUGCUUGAUGAGCCAUCAAACCAUCUAGAUCUUGAUGCAGUGGAGGCACUGAUCCAGGGGUUGGUCCUUUUCCAGGGGGGAGUUCUAAUGGUAUUUCUCUUUCCCACCACCGUUUAUUUUGGUGAUCUAAUCCAAUUUUAUUCUGCUGUUCUGCAGUGUUAUUUUACUCUCCUGUUUAUUCCCUUUUCUCGGCAAAUAUCAUGUGCAGGUGAGCCACGACGAGCACCUUAUAACAGGGAGCGUCGACGAGCUGUGGGUGGUCUCAGAAGGUAGAGUCACGCCAUUCUCCGGGACGUUCAAAGAUUACAAGAAAAUGCUGAAAUCAGCUGGGAACUAAUAUGUUUUUUCAACAUUUAUGCGCGGUCGAUAUAAACCGUUAUUUACGUAGUUCCAUGUUGUAUUCGUGUAAUUUCAAAUUUUGCAGAACGUAUUGGCAGGACUUUUUUGUAAAAAUGGUGAUGCGGCUUUAUCUUUUCGUUUCAUACUCCUAAAUUACUGGUAGAUAGCAUAUAAUAUCAAGAUAACAGUGUAGUGCUUAGUGUACUCUAA